AUGCGGUCGCAUUAUCCCAGUCUUGCGACUGCUUUUUCUGCUCUCUCAGCAACUUACUCCCCCCUCGUUAAUCAUACCUCACCUUUUACUUGCAACGAAUCUUCAAUCGCUUCGUUUCCUACAGCCACACCAACUACUCGGACCUCUAUCAUUUAUUCCACCAUAACAACAUGUACGAAAUCACCGGCUCCCACAUGCUCAGCCACAUCCGACCAUGAACCUAUCAAUUACUGGGACCCCGCCAAUCGAGCACCACAACAACCACACGGAGGUCCGCAGGGAUAUCUAUACAGCGGUCCAGCUUUCCUGAAAGGUACCAAAGAUUUGAAGCCUGCCCUCUCUCAAUAUGAGACGAACGGAGACUCUUGUUGGGGCACUCUAGAUGCUCCUCAUCUUCCUCCGUGGGUCGGCGCACCUGUUUCCGGGAGUUAUACCUCUGGUUCUCCCUAUGGCAACAGCUCUUCUGCGCUUCCACCGUGGGGAAAUGCAACAGCGACCGGAACCAACCCAUAUACGUCGGCUCCACACACCAACGUCACGCGAUACUACGAUUUCACGGUCUCCUAUAUGGAUAUCGCGCCGGACGGGGUGAAGAAGCCUGGACUAGUGAUCAACGGCGGAUUUCCAGGACCUCUCAUUGAAGCUAAUUGGGGUGAUUGGAUCGAGGUCAAAGUGACAAACUUGCUAGACGACGAGGGCACAACUCUGCACUGGCACGGAAUUCUUCAGACGGAAGCUCCUUGGAUGGAUGGCGUGCCAGCAGUACAGAUGUGCCCAAUUCCUCCGACCAAGUCCUUCACCUAUAGGUUCAAAGCGGACCUAUACGGGACGUCAUGGUAUCACAGCCAUUACAGUGCGCAAUACGCCGGAGGUGCGCUUGGCCCAAUGAUCAUCCACGGCCCGAAGCACGCUUCAUACGACUUUGAUCUCGGGCCUGUCAUGCUUGCCGACUGGUAUCAUCAAGCAUACUAUCCAGACGUUGAGCAAACCAUGUCCACGGGCCCACCUACAUCGAACAACAACCUCAUCAACGGCAAAAUGAACUACCCCUGCGCUAACACCACGUUAAGCUGCACUGCCGACGCCGGCAUCAGCAAGUUCCGCUUCCAGUCCGGCAAGAAACACCUCUUGCGGAUUAUCAACACCUCAGCCGAUGCCGUCCAGAAGUUCAGCAUCGACAACCACACCAUGAGCGUCAUCGCCAACGACUUCGUGCCAAUCGUACCCUAUACCACUGGCGUAGUGACUUUGGGAGUUGGUCAGCGCGCCGAUGUAAUUGUUGACGCUACCGGGGAAGCUGGAGAAGCUUUCUGGAUGCGCGCUUCGAUCAACGGCACCUGCAGUCUUAAUGAUGGAAUUUCCAACGAGGCGGUUGCGGCUGUCUACUACGAGUCCGCGGAUACUAAUGCCGUCCCUGCUACGGCUACCCAGAUGACUGAGGCGCAGCAGAACUACUGCGGGAAUGACGCCCUUUCUGGUUUGGUUCCCUUGUUCCCCCUGGCAGCUGAGGAAACCGUCUCGACGAGCGAAGAUAUCAACAUCGAGUUCAAGAGCAACGGGACAAACUUCGUGUGGACGAUGAACAACAGCUCCUUCAGAGGCGACUACAACGAUCCCAUUCUGCUAGACGUGAAGGGCGGCAACAUGACCUUCGAGCCGGAAUGGAACGUCUACAACUUCGGCACCAACAAAACCGUGCGCCUGGUCGUCUACAACUAUUUCGCCUUCGGCCCGCACCCGAUGCAUCUGCACGGCCACAAUUUCUGGGUCAUCGCCGAAGGCUUCGGCACCUGGGACGGGCACAUCACCAACCAGGCGAACCCCUCCCGCCGCGACGUGCAGCUCGUGCACCCGGCCCAGGAUGCCGACACGCCCGCGUACAUUGUGAUCCAGUUCGAGCAGGACAACCCGGGUGUGUGGCCGUUGCACUGCCACAUCGCGUGGCACGUGUCCGCGGGGCUGUACAUCAGCGUGCUCGAGCGCCCGGAUGAUAUCGUGAAGGAUAUGCCGAUCCCGGAUUCGAUGACGGAGGCGUGUAGGGUGUGGUGGGAUUAUACCGAUGAUACGUAA